AAAUUCCUUUUACUUUAUUUCGUCUAACCCCCAGGAGAACAAUGCUUUACUUGAAAAACUCCCGUCUGACGCCGGGUUAAAGUACACGGGUAAAGUAACCCCGGUUACGGCAAAUUAAUUCAACAUGGCCGAUGAAAGUGACGAAGAAGAAUCUUGGCACAGUUUCUUUAAAAAUAAUCGUUCUGUGCCGUUACACAAGACUCGACAAGAAAAGGAAGAUAUUGAAAGUAUUCCCUAUCGUUUGAAAAUUAAAUCUGUUGAAGGAAUACCAAUUCCAAGCACUGUUCGUCAUGAUUCAGUGGAGUUUCAAGUUCGUGUCACACUUUAUGACGCUGCUAACAAGAAAUUCUUUGGGAGCACAUGGCUUGGCGCUUAUCUUCCAUGUAAGAAAAUUGAUGAGAAUAAGGGCAAAAUAUUUUGCAAUGAGGCUGUCUAUUUUCAUUCUCCUCUGAGUGAUGUUACUUGCAUUGGUGCAGUUGAGUUGAUUGCAUUGGACGAAUCAACUAGAACAACCUUUUCUUGCGGUUGGGGAAUUCUGAGAAUUUUUGAUUCAACCAUUUCAAUGAAAGAUUCCUCAACCACAAAUGACAUCGCUAUUAACAGAUUGACGUUUCUGUCUGGAACUGUUCAAGCAUUGUUUUACAUGAACGAACCAUUGGAAGAGUUUCCAGGGUUACUGGCAAUUCCUGGAUGUCAGUUGGUCUAUCAACUAUCCCGCCAUUCAAGUUUAGGUAAUGCACUUCAUCUGUUUCCUGAAAACGUCUUGAUCGGUGGUGACGAUAUAGUUCCGGGAAUUCGAGAAGGACCGCCAGAUGCAAACGGUGUCAUUGAUAUCUUACAUAAACCUCGUCUUGAGAAGACAAUAGCGUUCUUCGUUGACAAGUUGUACGUUGGUCUUCACCCUUCUGUGGAAGAUUUUGAAAAGCAACUAACAGAUGAUCUAAAUUCUGACAGAAUGUUAAAGCGUAAUGUUCAAGAAGGUUGCCCGAGUGUGAAGAUCGUUGAAAGAAAAUUGCAGGUUCAAUUACAACCUCAAAAAGUUGGUGUACAUAACGGAUGGACGUUUGUCAGCAAGCCACACAGUAUGGUGUUGGACCCAGAGUACACAGGUCAAGUUACGAUAGGAAACAGACCAAACUCCAUGUCUUCAUUGAAAGGGAACAUAACCAGACUGAUAUUGCGUAGUCGACUUAAUCUGUCGGAUUUAGUCGCUGACAAGUUGUUUGUUAUUGUUUUCCAACUCAUCUACGUCAUGUCUGAGGAAUUUGCAAAACCAGUUCUUGUUGAUAACACCGUUGACGUUAAGAAAAAACGGACUUCUUGGAGAAACAACGCGAGUUUGCCUUCGGGAAGUUUAGUACGUUCAAAAACGUUUAAUGUUUGCGUUCGGCAAGGAAUUUGGGAACCAUUCAAGGAUGGUAACCCAGAGGAAACUAAUGUGACAUUGGUCUUACAAGGAGGGCAUCACUAUCACCCUGGAAAUGUGUUCACGUGGUUCGGACCGCAAAGAAAAGAGACAUUUAAAGAUACUGUUCGCUUUCGAUUCACAGCCAAGAAAAAAACUGAACAAAAGAGGGUAAAUUCACGCGCUAGCUCACGAAGGCAUUCCACGCGGGAAUCCAUGGGAACCGCGGAGAGCAAUAGUGUUUUUGGUGGACAAAGUUCCCCAGGUGUACCAUAUAAGGACACAGAAUCUCCACACGAAGAAACUAUAUCGUUUCAGUCAGAUUUUCCACCUUAUCGACCACCUUCGCAAAUCCCAACUCAAACGCCAAUUUCACAAGAUAUACUAGUGGAUACUCGUGUAUCUGGAAUUUCCGAACAUCAUUCUCCUCUGAUUCGUCCUCCCUUAGCAUCAGGAGCUGCUUUCACGUUAUCACGUGCCGGUCAUGGACGUUUGACUAGUGCCCAGUUCCAAAAGAUUCUUGAUCGUCAUGGUAAUCCACCAAUCAACAUCGACCCAAGUGUUGUUCGUCAGUAUGAUUUGAAAUACGAACAAACAGACAUUCGACAUUGUAAUGAAAUCAUUAUUCAGUUUUUUGCUUUAUCUGCCUGUUUCCAUCACACUGUCUUCUUUACAUAUCAGUUUUAUCGAUUGCCAGAAGUGAAAACUGAAAGGUUGGCAUUAAUUGACGUAGAAAAUCAAGCAAAAAACCAGUCAUUUCUGCCAUGUUUGUUACAAAAAUUUGAUAGUGACGGAACAAUUGAUAAAAAUCCAGGAUUACAGUUCAAGUAUUUUUUCGAUCCGUGUGACAUGUUGCCGGGGGAGAUGUAUCAAUUAUGGAACUACCUUAAAAAUCAUCGUCUUUACAUAGACGUCUGGAAUGGUGAAUCGCUAUUGCUGAUUGGAUCAACUUCACUGGAUUUAAAACAUUUGCUUCGUCAAGGCCAAGAAGCAGUGCAAGCUAUGCACGAGCUGGAUAUUUUAUCCACGGACUACUGCGAACACUUGCCCGCCACUGGAGAAGCAACUCGUAACGUUGGUUUGAGGUCAGCUGGAUCUGCAAUGAAAUUUCAAGACAAACUAUAUUUACGCAUUGCGAAUAUUGGCCAUCCAAGUGAAAACAAAUCGGAAAAACCUUGUAUAGUACCGAGAAAACAGCGUUAUGUUGUCAAAGCAGACAUCAAUGAAGGGCAGUACGCGUUUCCCACGCGAUCGAAAGCAAAGCUUAUGAAAGAAUGUGAUCGAGAGUUGGCGAGAGUUUUGUUGUCUAGAGAUGCAAACAAGAAAGGUACAUCAGACGGAAGACCAAUCAAGGAAUCAGAUGCCGUAAGACAAAGAAAGCUGGAGAGAAUGCAGGCAAUAAGAAAAACACAAAAAGGACUGCCUUUCACUACAACCCACCUCAUCAAGGAAGAAAAAGUUCAACGAGCAAGGGAUUUGAAAACAGUUCAAAUGUAUCGACAAAAAUGGAAAAAGGAAGGCAUCAUGGAGCUACUUUCAAGGAAUAUAACAACAACACAUACUAUAUAUCCAAGUUUUGGUCAAGCUGUGUUUUUUGAAUUUGUUCUGAAGAACCCGUACGCAUCGGAGUCAACAGUUAUCGUACAGUGUGAUGACAAUGAACUAAUGGUAGUUUCGAAUACCCAAGAAUGGAAAGAAUACAAGAAGCUGACUCAAACUUCAACCAACAUCGAAGAAGACAUGUUUAAUCUGGCCACUGAAAGUGGCUACCCCGAGAUUUUUAUGCGUUCGCAAGAAACCGUAAACAUACCAUUCAAAUAUCAAAGCUUCAAGUCAACCAGUGAACAAGCGUCAUCUAUUUUACACGCCAAAGAUGAAAAUGGACGUGUUGUCAAAAAAAAGGAACUUUCUUACAACAUUAAGGUCGUAUUUGAAACACCACAGCAACAACGUCUAGCGAUUCUUUCACUUAAAGUCGAAUUGCAGCCACUUGCCGUUGAUCAGACCUUUAGAUUUAACAGUCCAGAACAAACAUACUUUAAGAAAACCAUUCGACUACCACAUUGGCAUGCAUUAGCAGAUGAGCCCCUUCGUGAUGGUGAAGUACCAAGAGAGAUGCAUGUUCGCUGCAGUGACAUCAAUGUGAUUUGUAAUACAACUUCUAAUGGCAGGGAUCAACCACAAGAUAUCUUUUUGAAAGUUCCAUGUGGAGCUUCACCAUCUGUGAGAAGAUUUUUUUUAUUUGUUUACACAGACCGAUUUCACAUCAAACCCAAGCAAACAUGGCAACUCUACGUUCAUUCUUUGCAAAGGCUAGAUAUAAGUUCUACACAAGGACAGAGCAGUCGCUUAUCUUGUGUACUUCGCGGUACACAUUCAUCACGACUUGUUCAAUGUUUUUCUUCACUACCAGCGGAACUCCAGGUUGAACCAUCUGAUCCCUUCAUGUUAAUGGCAAAUGGAGUUCAAGAAGUUAGCUUAAAUUUUACACCUUGCACGCCCGGAUUGAAGCAGAUAAUCGUGAACGUUGUUGACACAGAAUUUAGCCAAUUGCUUCGAUCAUGGUUAGUCUGUGCUACAUCUCGUCCACCAGUUAUUUCAAAGACCUUCGAUAUAAACGUUGAACUGGGCGGAGGAAAGGGAUCUCGUAAGAGGAUUCAGUUCAUCAACCCGUAUCAAGUUGGUAAAACGUUUUAUUUAAAAUGCAACCUCGAUAAUGUACUUCAUCUAGAAAACACUACACUAAAUCUUGGUCCAGGUGAGGCUCAGAGUAUUAGUUUACGGUUUCAACCCCGACAAUCAGCUGCUCAACUUAAAAUUCUCGUGUUUGUUUACGAUGGUGACGGAAAAAACGAGGAAACGUUCCUACUCAAUGUGAUUUACCGUUGACGAUUACAAAUCGAUAUGAUAUCGGUAAAGAUUCAUAGCAAAGCUAUUUACAAGCAUUAAAAAUCACAGGUUUACAACGCUUGUGAAGACGUCCACACAGAAGACACACGAAUAAUAAAAACAUAUAUUGAGGUAUUGGGCUUAUUUGUUCUUAAAGCAAUCGCAGAAUUUGGAUUACAAAACAGUGAUUAACAGUCAUUAUAUGUCCUUGAUUUGUUCAAAAACCCAAAAUCCCAAUAAAGAUUAACAACUA